AUGGAGCUUCGAAAACUUAUCUACACUUUCUAUGUAGAUUAUGGGAACAUAAACACCAUGGCCACUCCUAUAUCUCUCCAGCACCAUAGGCCACCCUUAUCCUCUCAUGAUAUCCCCAAUAAUUACAGCAUAAGCAUCCAAGUUCAAACAUACCCUUGUCUUGUUUCUCUGGAAAAAUGUUCCACACUGUCGGAGCUCCAACAAAUUCAUGCUCAGAUGCUGAGGACGGGCCUUUUCUUCGACCCUUACUCAGCCAGCAACAUUGUAGCCUUUUCUGCUCUGCAACUCCAAGACUCUGGAAGCCUCCAUUAUGCCCGUCAAGUCUUCUCCCAAAUCUCCAAUCCCACCACCUACACUUGUAAUUCCCUUAUUCGAGGGUACACAAACAAUAAUUUGCAUUAUCAGGCAAUUGUUUUUUACCGCGAAAUGAUUGUUCAAGGUCUGGUUCCGGAUAGAUUCACGUUUCCUUCGUUGUUUAAAUCAUGCGUGGAUUUGUCUGAGGGAAGACAGCUUCAUUGUCAUUCUACAAAGUUUGGUUUUGCUUCCGAUUCUUACGUACAGAAUACUUUGAUGACUUUGUAUUCGAGUUGUGGGUGUUUGGUUUCAACCGAAAGGCUGUUCUACAAAAUGGAUGAUAAAAGUGUGGUUUCAUGGGCCACGAUCAUUGGUGCUUAUGUGCAAUGGGAUCAACCAGGUGAAGCUAUCAAGAUUUUCGAGAGAAUGGGAAGUGAAAAUGUGAAGCCUAAUGAGAUUACUUUGGUUAAUGUUUUGGCUUCGUGCGCAAGAGCAGGGGAUUUAGGAACUACAAAACGUGUACAUGAGUAUGUUGAUGAGAAUGGUUUUGGUUUCCACGUGGUCCUCAACACAGCUCUAAUGAAUGCUUAUUCAAAGUGUGGUUGCGUCACACUUGCUAGAGAUUUAUUUGACAGGAUGCCUCACACUCAAAACAACUUGUACUGUUGGAAUGUAUUGAUAAAAGGAUAUGUUGAUGAUAGUGAGUAUGAAGAAGCCUUACUCCUCUUCCGUUAA